UGUAAUUUUUGUAGCAGCCAGUUAUGGAAAUUGAUAAAAUGAAUUGUUGACAUAUAUACCAUUUAUAAUGUGGUUUCUUCAUGAAGGUCAAUUUUACUAUCGUUACAGAUUAAAUGAUAACAGAUGAAACAUCGAUCUUGAUAGUUAAUAUUUAAUAACACAAAUUAAGAACUAACACCCAUUACCUCAAUUUUUCAAGAGUUUUGCUCCUAACUCAUAGUAAAGUUUCACCACGAUUUUUUGUUAAGUUGUUAAACAAAAAUGUGAACUUAAUUACUUAUUUACAGUUGUAUUGUGUUAUGAAACAUUGCUGUUUCGAAUAUGUCAUCUGAUUGUUGAGUUUGAGGCCUACAGCCAUGAUCUAUUACUGGAUUCUUGCCUUGUCCGUAUUUUGUAUAACCACUUUUGGUUUGUGGCUGACCACCCUUACUGUUUCUGUUCUUUUUGCUUUUAUAAUUAGUGUGUCAUAUUUUGCAUACAAUGCUGUAGAAAAAGAAACUGCUCAGUAUCUAAAAUCAGUGAAAGAAAAGCCUAAUUAUGAAAUGUACAGUUUAUUUGACAUUCAAUCGAUAUCAAAAAAAGAUGACAAUAUUGAGGAAAAUGAAAAUUUAAGUGGUUCAGAGUACAUUGACCAUCAACUGUCAGACAUAUUGGAUUUGAUACUACGUGAUUACGUAUAUCCGUGGUAUGAUAAGUUAAGUGACGAUGAAGAUUUUCCCUACCAGCUGAAUAAAUCUGCUAGUUAUUUAAUCUAUUGCAUGUCUAAACGACUGCAGAAGGUCGAUUUUCUACAAUUUGUCUGUACGCAGCUAACCGAAGAGGUAGCCAAACACAUACGUAUCUAUAGAAAAGCAUUAAAAUCAGUGACUUCCAAAAACUCUGAUGAUAACGACUUGGUAACUAUAUUUUUUCAACAUGAACAAGACGUAGACAGAUUAAAUACGUCACACGCAAAUGUUUGUUUGGAUGAAAGUUACGAGAGGAAAUGGCUUAGAGAUAUUUCCGAAGCAAUUUUAUAUCAUAUUGCUCCUGAAAAUGAUUUUAAAUGUCGAUCUAUGCGCAUUUUAAUGCGUGAGAUAAUAGCCAAUAAAAUAAUAUUUACCACAAUAAGUAUGUUAAGUAACUCUGACUAUGUUAACCAAUUAAUUAUAUGGCUGUGCAGUGACUAUCCAAUAACGAAUGAAACUUUUCUUACAGUUUUAAGAUCGACAAAAUCUACUCAACAAUUAAACGCUGUUAAUAAUUUAGUCAACAAAGAAAUAAUGAAUUUACGUUCGAGAGAUUCAGGAGAAUCCGAAAGUCGAGCAAAACAACAAUUGAGUAGUCUAAUAUUUUUAUCCAAUUUAAUCAAAACAAUCGUCAGCAGUAUUCCUCAGCAAUCUGACAGAUCUUUAGAUUUUUUGUUAUCGUUUGAAAAUUCUAUAUCUUCUUCAAAGAAUGAUUCGUUAUCGUUAAAGUGGAUUUUAGAAAGCAAGAAUGCGUUGCCAUAUUUUAUUGAUUACUUGACGACAAUAAAUUGUGAAAGUUUUAUGUCGUUUUACAUUAAUAUUGAUGGAUGGAGACAGUUUGUACACGAACAAAUGCAAAGUGUUAGUAGCGAUCCUAGUCAGUAUACGUCUUCUGAACAAGCUACGGUAGAUCAUAUUAGAGAUGAAGCAAAAAAAUUAUACUCUUUAUAUAUUAGUCAAAAACCUGAAAUUCAAGAAGAACUCGAAGACGAUCUAGUCAAUACACUCGCUAAAACAAUUCAAUCAGAUUCAGUAGAUGAAAGUUGGUUUGACGAGACUCAGAAUGCAUUAUACAAGGCACUUUUAAAGCCAGAAAAAGGAAUUAUAUCCGGUUUUGGGAAACACGAAUCGUGUUCACGAUUAAUAACAGACCUCGAAAUGAAAGCGAUAGGAUCAGAUUUAUAUGAAACACCUGAAUCCGCUGUGCCUGCAUCUGAUUUCUUGUUACCUAUGGAUGCCGUACAACAACUUUUUAAGGGCACUGGAGAUAAAGUUAGUGAUUUUCUUUCUAGUACAAAAGCAUUAAGUCCUAGUCAGCUGGAAGAAGACAAAUCUAUAUUAUCUGCAGACAUAAUUGAAACUGGUCUUGUCAACGAAGCCGGUAAAACAUUUGGGGUUUAUGCAGUUUCCAUAACUAGAGUUUAUAUGUCUGGAAAAGAAGAAAACUGGCAUGUUUAUAAACGGUAUUCAGAUUUUUAUGAUCUUUAUCAAAGAGUAAAAGACAAAUAUCCAGAAUUGGGUAGGCUGUCAUUCCCGGCUAAGAAAACAUUCCAUAAUGCCGAUAGACGUGUUUUAGAAAAACGUAUGAUGAUGUUAAAUCAAUUUAUACACAAUUUACUGAAGUCAUCGACCGUAGCUAAUUUUCCUGGUAUACAAACAAUGGUUGAACAAUUCCUCGAACAAAGGCCUGAAGAUAAAAAAGCUCUGUUGUCCGGACAAAUUGUAAAAACAGUCGACAAUCUUUUGUUUAAUCCGUUGAAAGCCGUCGGCAACGUCGUUAAAACAGUUCCUGAUAAUAUAUUUAAUACUGUAGAUGGAGUCAUGGACAACAUUAGCAAAGUCCUUGGGCCUGCCAAACCUCCGGGUAGAAUAUUCGUCGACGAGGAUGACGAUAAUAUGCCAAUGCGUGCGGUAUUACUUUUGUUGGCUGAAGUUUUUGAAGUUGAUGAACAACAACAAUGGCUACGUAAGCGUUUCGUCAUGCUUUUACAGCAUAUAGUUAGAGCGUCGUUUGGUCAUAUAGUCAACAGACGGUUUAAAGAUUAUGUGACCACGGUUACAGAUCCCUACAGGGUUUCCUUGUUAAUUGCUGCAAUCAAAAACAAUUUAUGGCCUGAUGGGGUAAGAGCUUCUGAAGUACAAUUUCGCGACACAGAAGUUCAACUUAGAACUCUGUUAGCCGCUAAAUGUGCACUAUUGUCUUCUGUAUCCGAUGAACUGAAGCACUUGAUGGGGAGCGAAGUCACUCGACGCGGUAUUUACUUGGUCGUUGUAAUGUUACAACAUAAAACGCUCAACAAGCGUUUAAUUUAUGUGUUAUUAAGUGCGUGUUUGUUACUAGUCUUUCCAAAUUUCAAUGGUCUCAUAGAUAAAUUACACAAAAACCCCCCACUACUUAGUCGAAGCUAGCUAGUUAUGUUAUAUAGUAAUUAUUUUUAUAAUUUUUUUUUUUUAUAAUAACCAUGUACAAAAUCAUGUGGAAUAACCAAAUAAAUAUUACAC